UAUAUCUCGAGUUUAGUGUUCACUAAUAUUUACUGUUAUAGCGAAAUACAUCAAUGGGGAAACUUGUUCUGAGUUGCUGAUUUUAUUUAUUUUAUUUUAUUCCACCGCCGUUAUAUUUUUUUUGUAAGAAUUCACGUGUGUGAAGUUGCAACGAGCGACGUUAGCUUGCUAUCUCACCAGCUCGCUACUCGCAUUGCAUCUAUCAUGUCUCUUUGAGGAAAUGAAUUCCCGCCGGUGGUUUUGUUGCUUUCAGAUAUGUCUCGUCUUGUGUGGACGUUCGGCUCCGGCAGCCACAGAUGCAGGGGUCACGUCGAGCGUCACUCCCAGCUCUGUGGAUGGGGAGCCUUUCAGCUCAGCUACCCCAGCUCCGGGCGGCACAGCGGGCCUGGACGGCAGUGAGGCGGUCGCCCCGGACUCCACCUCGGACUCCACUCUGAACUCCACCCCGGACUCCACUCUGAACUCUACUCUGAACUCUACUCUGAACUCCACUCUGGACUCAAUAGCAACCACGACUGGGUCCGAGGCUCCCACCGUCUUCCCCGAGGAGCCCCCUGCAUCCACCGCCCAACCUGUGGCGACGUUAGAGGGUUGUGUCUGUGACUUAACGGACGACUUCUGUGACAUCGGCUGCUGUUGCGACACGGUCGAUUGUGGCAUUGCAAACUUGAGUACUGUCUUCACCGGAUGUCCACAGAAAGCCAUAUCAGGAGUUUGCAUUGAGAAGUGGCUCAUGUUCACGGCUAAUGUGGAUUCGUCUCUUGUCACUGUGACUGACACCAUGUAUUGUGUCAGGCCUGAGGAUGGUGCACCCCAGUCCCUCCAAGCUCCACCGCAGUAUCCGGCUUUAGGGGACUCGUACCGCUUCUCACCACCUGCACCGACGAGCAUCCGCCACAGCAGAGCCUUCUACAGGGUUGAUGAUGUCAUCCAGACAUAUUUCUCCAACUCGACCGUGUGGGGUCUCCUUCGCCAGCCGUCUCCAGGCACUGCUGCAGCCUUCUGCAUGAACAGCAACCCUGCAAAGUUCUUGAGGUCUGCGUCUCUGUCCUGUUCCCGCAUGUUGACUCCUGAGUCGUGCACCACGGAUCCAAAUUUAAACGCCCGUUCCUACUUCUCUGAUAUGAGCCUGAUCAAGAUUCCAAAUGUUGAGACGGCACAAGUGUCAGACCUUCUGAUCCCAGUGACUCCACUGGCUGACUGGCCUGCUCCAAGUGAACUCAACGACUCGUGUCUCAAUGUGGUGACGAAUGUGGAGUUUAUCGUGGGAUACACCGGCAGAGGGGAAGUCACAUCUGCUACAGUGAAUGUGGUUUUAGCCGACGUGGAUCCAAAUCAGUUGCUGUUGCAGAUGCACUCUGUGAAGUUCCAGCUGGCAACCCCGAGAACAACUUCAGGGGGUCCAAUCCCGGCUGUCGGAUUGAAAGUGGGAUCCCCUGUCGUCGGUCGCUUUGAUGGAGACUUGAAGCCUCUGAGCACACUGGGGGUGUCACCGAGCGCGCUGUGUUCCUCUGACCCCCGCAGACGAGCAGCCAUCCUCUUCGCACACAACACCAUCACCGGCUGCACCUUCAGUUCUCCAUCCAAUGACUGCUCAGAGCUGCGGUCCCAGAUAUACGGAAUCCUGCAGGGUCUCGCUGCCCCUGAUGUGAUUGCCAUGAACUCUGGUUCCCAACCGGCGUGGACGAGAGUCAUAACGCAGGAAUGUCCCGUCAGCCUGCAGGAAACAUGUGAAUCGGGUUGCGUCCUCCCCAACUCGCUCUCUAUCCGAGUCCUGUGGGCCCGCCAGGGUCUCCUCGACCUUCCUCAGAACUACAUCCUGGGGGCCAAAUUCAUAUUCCAGUGUCAAAAUGUCAAGUGUCCUACAUCGUCCCCUAUCUCUCUAACCACUGAGGUGACGUUUGCCGACACUACGGUUUACCCAGAACCCCCCAGGGGCUCGCCUCAGCCGGACUGGAAGUUUCCGUUUGGUUUCUUCACUCGAGGCGCCGCCGAGCUGGACGGGCACGUGGUCGUCAGCGGCGCCCAGAAGGUCACGUGGAGUUUAACGCUGUUCACAGUCAUGUUACUAACGGGAUUAGAAUUCUUCACACAGCUGACGAUGUUGCAGCUACGGCGCUUUCGAAGUUUUGAAGGAUGAAGAUGUUGAUAUGUUUACUAUGUCAUUCGAUUUUUGUAAUGCUUUUUACAAUAGAAAGAGGUAUAUUUUCACAAGUAAAACGAAUACCGUAAUUUAUUCUUCUUUACAUUUUUAGAAAUACAUCGAUUUUUUUCCAAGACAUUGUAUGAGUCAUCAUAUCACUGGAGGUAAAGAUGCACUUCUUCCCGCCGG